AUGUCAUCCCCUGCUUCCAGGUAUGUCACUUUCCAAGGGUCGCAAAAUUUUAGAUUACGGAUCGUCUUAGCAACAUUAUCAGGAAAACAAAUAAAAAUUGAAAAAAUCCGUUCAGGUGACUUGAAUCCUGGUCUGAAAGAUUAUGAAGUCUCCUUCCUAAGGCUGAUUGAAUCGGUUACCAACGGUAGUGUCAUUGAAAUUUCGUAUACUGGUACCACUGUAAUCUACAAGCCUGGUAUUAUAGUUGGCGGUGCAUCUACCCAUGUUUGUCCUAGUUCCAAACCAGUGGGUUAUUUCGUGGAACCAAUGUUAUAUUUAGCUCCAUUUUCAAAGAAAAAGUUUUCGAUUUUAUUUAAGGGCAUAACCGCAUCUCAUAAUGAUGCAGGUAUUGAAGCUAUCAAAUGGGGGCUCAUGCCCAUCAUGGAGAAAUUUGGUGUAAGAGAAUGUGCCCUACAUACUUUGAAAAGAGGCUCUCCGCCACUAGGUGGUGGUGAAGUACAUUUGGUUGUUGACUCUUUGAUUGCUCAACCAAUCACGAUGCAUGAAGUAGAUAGACCCAUAAUUUCUUCAAUCACCGGAGUAGCGUACUCUACAAGAGUAAGUCCGUCACUCGUAAAUAGAAUGAUCGACGGUGCCAAAAAAGUAUUGAAGGACCUCCAAUGUGAGGUUAACAUAACAGCAGAUGUUUGGAGAGGCGAAAAUUCAGGUAAGAGUCCAGGCUGGGGUAUAACUUUGGUGGCUGAAUCCAAGCAGAAAAGUUGGAGUUAUUUCGCCGAAGAUAUUGGUGAUGCAGGCUCUAUACCUGAAGAACUUGGUGAAAAAGUUGCUUACCGUUUAUUAGAAGAAAUAUCGAAAAGCGCUGCUGUCGGUAGAAGUCAACUUCCACUAGCAAUCGUAUACAUGGUCAUCGGAAAAGAAGAUAUCGGCAGAUUAAGAAUUAAUAAGGACCAGAUAGAUGAAAGGUUUAUAACCCUCUUGAGAGAUAUAAAGAAGAUCUUCUGCACAGAAGUCUUUUUGAAACCAGUUGACGAAAUGGACAAUGACGACAUGAUAGCAACUAUCAAGGGUGUUGGUUUUAUAAAUACAAGUAAAAAGAUUGCAUAG